AUGGAAGCCCAGUCCGGGGACCGGCAGUCUCCUGCGCCCGCGCCAGACGAUCUUCCAAACGGCAAACGACGAUGGCGUCGCAAUCGAGUAGCGUGCGAUUCAUGUCACACUCGGCGCGUUCGUUGCGACCGGGCCUUUCCCUGCUCCCGGUGCCUGCGCAGUGACACCCACUGUGAAUUUACUCGGGAGCGCAGGAAACGCGGGCGAAUCGCGCGUGCAAAACUAGAGACCGGGGCUGCUGCUUCUACCUCCACUAACUAUACCCGGAGGGAAUCCAAUGGAGACCAGAAAGUCCUCAUGCAACCAGCAUUGUCGCCAAUGCUGCAAAGCUCACCUGAGUCAUCCUUCCAACCCAGAUCGCCAAUGACAAACGAACCGAGUCUCUCGGCACCCAGCGUCGAAGGUCCGCAUCCCGUGGUGGAUGGCCGUCCUUCCCGAGCAGCACCAGAAGGGAACAACACAACGGAAGAAUGGCUAUCGGCGGCUCAUCUAUCUCCAGACUCGUAUGAGCUUUUGGGUGGUGUGAAUGGAGGGGAUGGCCCAUUACCGCGCUUGCUGGACGUUUGGAACCCAGUUGAACCGGCAGGUCAUCCGUCUCAUCCCCCGCAACCUCAGUCCAUGCCGGCGCCGAACAUUCCUGGCCAAAAUUAUGGCUCUAAUUCACGAUCAGGCCUGAAAUACCCCGUGCUGGAACCUGUUAUGCCGUUUCUGGGGUCCAACUUGCCCCGUCGCCUGGUUGGCGAUUUGCUUGAACUUUAUUUCACCAGUGCCUUUUCGACUCACAUGCAUCCGGUCUGUCACCAUAUCCACUGUUAUGUUCUGCGAAAGGCCUCCUUCUUGAGCACCGACCACCCUCGGCCAAGCAGCCCGGCCUUACUGGCCAGUAUGCUUUGGGUCGCGGCGGUCGAUGAUCGCGCGUUCUCUUUAUCUAUCUCUCCGCUCCAGCGACGGAAGAUCUGCCAAUUUCUGUGCGCUUUGACGAUCCGACUCUUGCGGCCGUUAAUUCAUGUUUCCUUCAAAGACCAAGAGCCUGCAGAGAACCCGAAUGGCUCACAAGACUUCGCAGCGGCAGCAGCGCAUCAUCCAUUUGAAGGAGUGGGCGAUGACAAGGGGCUGGUGGGCCCAGCAGGCUCCCUUGAUGAUGUGAUCACGUAUAUACAUGUCGCAUCUAUUAUCUCUUCCAGUGAGCAAAAGGCUGCUAGUAUGCGAUGGUGGCAUGCGGCCUUCACGCUAGCUCGAGAAUUGAAACUCAAUCAGGAGAUCGAAGUUGUGCCGAAUGUAGAUGGCCAAAGCGAUGGAUCGAGUCCAUCGUUUGGAUAUCCCCUCGGGAGCUGGGCGAGCUCGCCGGGAGGCCCUGCCUUUGACUACUCCAAUCCAUCGCGACCAAGUUUGAACUGUAUCUGCGACGAGACACGGAAUCCUCAGAACAGCUUCACGGUGACCGAGGAGUACCGUGAAGAACGCCGUCGCACUUGGUGGCUGCUCUAUAUCAUGGAUCGUCAUCUGGCGCUAUGCUACAAUCGGCCACUGGCUCUCCUCGAUGCCGAAAGCGAAGACUUGCUUCUCCCCCUAGACGAGGGCUCCUGGCAGGCUGGGAAUAUUCAUAGCAACAGUCCUCGUUCCGAUGGGCCUCAGUGUCCGCGAUCUGGCGAUCGAAACAAGCGUCGUGUCUUUCCCAAUUUUGUCUGCCAUGACCACUCAAUUCUCGGCUUCUUCCUACCGCUCAUGACUAUCACUGGGGAGCUGAUUGAUUUGAACCAGGCGCGAAAUCACCCCACCCUUGGUGUGCGGUUACAAGGCAAGGAGGCAUGGGAGGUCCAUGUGGCAGAGGUGCUUCGGCAGCUCGAGGUCUACAAGGCGAGCCUGACGACCUUUGCCGCGGCCACAGCUGUUGACCCCGAGGCAUCUGUGUCCACUGCGUUUAACCCAAAACUGGAUGAGCCUGUUGACCCAAAAAUAUCUGAAGCGUAUUCGUGGCAUACGCAAACCGUGAUUGCCUACUCAUCCUAUUUAGUCCACGUUCUUCAUAUUCUUCUCGUUGGUAAAUGGGACCCGGUGUCCCUAAUUGAGGACAAGGAUUUUUGGACGUCCUCCCCCGCCUUUGCAUCCACCAUCUCGCAUGCCUUGGAAGCCGCGGAUUCUGUGCAGCAGAUCCUGCGGUUCGACCCAGACAUCAGCUUCAUGCCAUACUUCUUUGGCAUCCAGCUGCUCCAGGGAAGCUUCCUCCUACUUCUGAUCGUUGAGCGCUUACAGAAGGAGGCAGGGGAGGGAAUUCUGAACGCUUGUGAGACCAUGAUCCGUGCCACCGAAUCCUGCGUGGUCACCCUCAAUACGGAAUACCAGCGAAGCUUUAGGCAAGUGAUGCGCAGUGCGGUCGCUCAGGCUCGCGGCAGGCCCGUCAACCCCAGCGAAAUCCGACACCGUCGUAAGGCGGUGCUGGCCCUGUACCGAUGGACGCGCAAAGGGACUGGAUUGGCUCUGUGA